UAUAUCGAAAUUCCUACACAGAAUUGCUAUUGUCUGUCGUGGUUUAGAGAGUUCGUAAAACGGGGUGUAUAAAUGAAACGCAAGGAUUCUUUUGCUUUGCUUGGCUUCUCCGCUUCUUCAAACGGAUACAAGUCCUCUCAGAACAAAUUCAUACGACGAGACAGCAGGACGCGAAUGUGAGACCGCCGCAAGAACUUUCCAACCAGCUUUUCGAUAGCAAGCGCAGUAUAAAGAAGGGACAUUGGAAAAAAAAACAUUGAAAUUGUUUUGGCAUUCAAUACCAAUUAUUGCAAAAUUCCUCGCUUAUUUGUUCAUUGUUAAGUGCGUCGGGCUUGUGAGAAUAAAAAAUAAAUCAACAAUAAAUAUUACUAUUUGCUAUUUUCCCUGGGAAAUAGCAAGUCGCUUCUUCCCCCGCUUACCUAGAAAUAAGCCAACCAAUGCAGGUUGGAUGAAAUAAAGGCGACUGCCUAAAAAAGAGUGUAGUGUCUACCAAAUUAUAGUGCUAAAAAAUUACACAGUACCACUGGCGAUAGCGAUGAUGAUGCGAUUGAUGAUGAUGUGCUAAAGUGUGUUCAGUCGCCGUUUGUGUAUUUGUUGUUUUUUUUCAUGUUUGUUAUUGUUUUAAUAAAUAGAAAUAAAUGAAAAUUCCAGCAUACAUCUGUAACAACAAUAACAAAGACAAUAAUAAUAAAAACAAAAGCAACAAUAAGCACAUCAUCACAUCUAAAUUAAUGAGUUGCUUAAAUGAGAAAAAAAAAAUUAAAACAAAUUGCGCGAAGUGUACUUUCUAUGUGUGCGAAUAAAUAAUAAUUGUACAUACGCUGCCUAUUUUCAUUGUUGUUUUAUCAUAUCUUGUGAUUUUCAAUUUUCCGUAUGCUAACGUUUUGUACUGGCCCAUUGGCCCAUUGGUUGAUAGCAAACAUUUGUUGUGUUCUAGUCCCCAUUUCUACACCACCCACCCCUCGCAGCCUUCGUUCCAGAAGUGUAUAAUAAAACAAAUCUAUUGUCUCCCCCCAUCCAUCCCGUUCUACAGAUGGUCGUCGGCCAUAGUCGCCACUCCCAUCACAAGUGAAAAGUGUGUAAGAAAAUUGUGCUUUUUCCCUAUUUCUUUACUCCCCAUAAGUGAACAACUUAACGACAAUAAUCACCACAACAACUGUUGUUGUUGCUGAUCAUGGCUAGUAACAAUUCUGGCUCAGGUGUCGAAGAGAUGGCUGCCACGAACUGUACCAAUAGUGGAGGUGGAAUUGGCGCGGCUGCUGCUGCACUGAAUUCCACCAACAGUGAUUUAUGGCGCGAAUGUGUAAAUUGGUUAAAACGUUGCAAGGUAAUUCCGCCUGAUCAUAUGGCCACCGAAGAGAUUCGAGUGCUCGCAUUGACUUUGCGCGAUGGUGUUUUGCUUUGUAAUUUGGUGAUAUAUUUGGAUCCAAAGUGUUUGGACCCCAGCGAAAUGACGAAAAGACCACAAAUGGCACAGUUUUUAUGCUGCAAAAAUAUAAAACUUUUUCUUGAUGUCUGCCGAACACACUUCAAAUUACGAGAGUCGGAUCUCUUUGAGCCAAAUAUGCUCUACGAUCUGACGCAUUUUCACAGAGUCCUAAUAACACUGUCCAAGCUGUCACAAUGUGCAAAAGUACAAAAAUUACAUCCUAAUAUUGAAGGCUUUAAUUUACAACUGUCACCAAGUGAAAGAUCUCAUUCCGAUGAAGCCAUCUACAAAGAUCUGCAUUCAACUGGUGAUACCCACAAAAAUGGCAGUCUUGAUAAUCCCUUGGAAUAUUAUGAUCGCAUCUCUCAAAGUGGUUCGCUCUCUGUGGAAGAUGAGAAUAGUGAUAUAACCAUUGAGAAUGAAAUGGGUACCGAGAAUACCGAAGACUAUGAGGAUGAUAACUUUUCAGCUUUAAGUGAAACCAUCGAAACCGAUGAAACUCAAUCCGUCCAAAGUGGUUGCAGUGGUGGAGGAGGCGGCGCAGGUUUGAUUUUCUCCGAGAAUGGCGGUGCUGAGGCCGGUCGUUCGGUUCACAGUCCUGCCAAUCCACCACCCCUGAUGCAACGUUCCAGUAGCACAACAUCAGCUCCUCCGCUAGCCGCACGUUCAUCCUCCACAUCGGCUGUACGGUCGACGAGUGUGGCCCACAGUCUAAAUCAACAACAACGUCAAAAGUUUAUGUCAGCCUCCCAGUCCAUAUCAUCCGUGGCGGUGGAUCGGAAUCAUCAAAACCUACAAAGUGCCGCUGCUGCUGUGUACAACUACCAUGUGAUAACUUCGGAUAUUGGCCAUGAGUAUUUGAAUGACAUCUACACGGAGGAGGAUGAAAAAGUCUAUGAGGAUUUGUGCUAUGUCACCUUCUCGUCCAAAGUUUCGGAGAUAACAUCCGCCACCAGUUUUGAACAACGUGAUUAUGUUAUACGUGAACUUAUUGACACAGAAUCAAAUUAUUUGGAUGUUUUGAAUGCCUUAAAAUUGAAAUUUAUGGCACCUCUGGAGAGAUAUUUAACUCCCGAAGAUAUAAAGCAAAUAUUCCCGCGUAUUAAGGAACUUGUUGAUAUACAUACCAAGUUUUUGGAUAAACUGCGAGAUUCCCUACAACCCAAUGCGAAAAUGAAAAUGAGUCAAGUGUUUUUGGAAUUCCGAGAACCAUUUCUUAUCUAUGGCGAAUAUUGUUCUUGUCUAUUAGGUGCCAUUGACUUUUUGGGUGAUGUCUGCAAAAAGAAUCAAAUUAUAGAACAAUUAGUACAACAAUGUGAACGUGAAUACAAUGUAGGCAAAUUACAAUUAAGGGAUAUCUUAUCUGUACCCAUGCAACGUAUUUUAAAAUACCACUUACUUUUGGAUAAAUUAGUUAAAGAAACAUCACCGGCCCACGAAGAUUAUCGCUCUCUGGAAAGAGCUAAGGAGGCCAUGAUUGAUGUCUCACAGUAUAUUAAUGAAGUGAAAAGGGAUUCGGAUCAUUUAGUUAUCAUACAAAAAGUCAAGGAUAGCAUUAUUGAUUUACACCUACUGCAAAAUGGUAAUGACCUCCUUCAAUACGGUCGGCUAUUGCUCGAUGGUGAGCUACACAUUAAGGCGCACGAGGAUCAAAAGACUAAACUGCGUUACGCUUUUGUCUUUGAUAAAAUUCUAAUUUUGGUUAAACCAUCGCAUAUGAAAACUGGCGAUAUGCAAUAUACGUAUCGUGAUUCACACAAUCUCAAUGAAUAUCAAGUGGAACAGAGUCAUUCGAGGCGUACCAUUGGGCGUGAUUCACGUUUUAAAUAUCAACUACUGCUGGCACGUAAAUCGGGCAAAACAGCAUUUACAUUGUACUUGAAAUCAGAACCAGAGAGGGAUAAAUGGCGUAAAGCAUUAACCGAAGCAAUGGAAAACUUGGAUCCACCCGGUUGUCGUAACACGGACCACAAAAUGGAAAUAUUCACCUUUGAUGCACCCACAACCUGCCGACAUUGUUCGAAGUUCUUAAAGGGUCGUAUACAUCAGGGCUACCGUUGCAAAGUCUGCGAAAUAGCUGUUCACAAAGGCUGCAUCUCAUCAACCGGCCGUUGUAAGCAAACUGUUGUCGCUAUACCACCUCCUGUCUGUGAUAGACAAUUAGCACAAUUCAAUUGGUUUGUUGGCAAUAUGGACAGAGAAACAGCUCAAGCUCGCUUAGAACAUCGAAGAGUUGGCACUUACCUUUUGAGAGUAAGGCCACAAGGUGCCUCGAAUCCCAAAGAGACAAUGUAUGCCCUAAGUUUAAAAACCGAUGAUAAUGUUAUUAAACAUAUGAAAAUUAAUCAAGACCAUUCUGGAGACACGGUGGCAUAUUGCCUAUCGUCAAGGAGGCAUUUUAAAAAUAUCGUUGAAUUGGUCUCCUAUUAUGAACGAAAUGAUUUGGGUGAAAAUUUUGCGGGUUUAAAUCAAUCCUUGCAAUGGCCCUAUCGUGAAGUUUAUGCCACCGCCAUAUAUGAUUUUGAGCCUAAGGGCAACAACCAAUUGAUGCUGAAAACUGGAUGUCAGGUACUUGUCAUGGGCAAAGAUGGUGAUAAUAAAGGUUGGUGGCGUGGCAAAAUAGGUGAUGUGGUUGGCUAUUUCCCCAAGGAAUACGUGCAAGAACAUCCACCCACCAACGAUGAGCUUUGAUAUUACAAUUAUGAAAUUGAUUUCUCCCGCAGUAAACUUGAACGCUCUCAACUAAUUCGUAAUUCAUUGUCCAUGAAUAUGGGCAAUGAUUGGUCGCAAGAUCACGAUUCGGAUAUAGCACAAACUCCACCGCCACAUAAGCUCUUCACGCCAGUGAUGGGUGGUCAACUAGAUCAAAUAUUACAACAGGAAUCGAAACAACAAGAAAUUGUGGUAACCGAGGGGCAGUAAUUUGUUUUGUUGCGUUGUGUUUUUAAGUUUGGCUAGUUAUUACGUUAUUAGGAAUCAACCAGGAAAAGUUAGCAAGGUAAAAAUUAUGUAUCUUUGUAGCUGCUCGAGGAUUGGCUAUUCGUCCAUGACCCUAUAUACAGCGCAUUCACAUUCGUAACAAGAAAUCUCUUUCUCCAAUUCAGAGGUCGUCACAUGUGGGAAAACCUUGAUAAAAUCGAGGGUAAGUGCAUUGUUCCCCCGUAAAGGUAAAUUGACUGAAAAUUUUACAAUAAAAAUUCGCUUUUCCUUAAAGCGAAUGAGAAAAGUAAAAAAAGGGCACCCUCCACCUUACCCUCAUUUUCAGAAACGCCAGAUCUCCGAGAUGGGUAGGGCGAUUUAAACGAAAUUUUGUUUGUACACUUACAGUAACCUAAAAACAAAAAUUUGGUAACCAAAUUUCGGAUGAGGUACCUAGGGGGGACGCCCUACCCCCAAAACCUAUCAAAUAUAAAUAUAUAAAACAAUCGGACUCAAAUGAAAGGUAUUUAAGAUUAGAAAACGUAUCUGAUAUCCAAUUGUCGGACGAAGUGUUUGGGGGACCACCCCAAACCGCAAAUACUCCUAAAUCGGACAUAUUUGGCGACCAUGGCAAUAUGGGACUCAAAUGAAAGGUAUUUGCGAGUAUAAUACGAAUCUGAUAUCAAAAUGUGGGACCAAGUGUUUGGCGGGUCGUCCCUCCCCAAAAACACCCCAAAGGGGGACAAAUUUACCGACCAUGGCAGUAUGGGGCUCAAAUGAAAGGUCUUUGGGAGUAAAGCAUGAAUCUGAUAUCAAUAUUCGGGAAAUAGCGUCUAUAGGAUCACCCCACACCCAUAAAACCACCCAAAUAUGACGUAUUUGCUGACCAUUGCAAUAUGGAGCUCAAAUAAGAGGUAUUUUAGGGUAGAACACGAAUCUGAUAUCAACAUUUGGGUCCAACUGUCUGGGUUCGUCCCAUCCUCAUAACAACCCCCAAAUAGGACGUAUUUGACACUUUGGGUCUUAAAGAGAGUGGAGCUCGAUAUUGAUAGUUUUUAAGGCCCAUACCCAAAACCGGACAUAUUUGCUGACUUUUCCAAUAAGGGGUUUAAAUUAAAGGGAGAUUAGAAAAGGAAUUUGAUAAAUAAAUGAUAUUUGAGAGAAGAGCACGAUGCUGACAUAUUUUCAAUCUAAGUGCUUGGAGGUCCACCACACUCCCCAAAACACCCCUAACUCAGACAUAUUUACCGACCAUGACAAUGUAGGACUUAAAUGAAAGGUAUUGGGGAAUAGAACACGAAAUUCAUGUCCAUUUUCGGAACCAAUUUUCUGGAGUCUACCCCUUCCCCAUCUGAUAUCCAAAUGUGGGACCAUGUAUUUGGGACUCCUCCUCCUCAGGGGGAUCAAUUGAAAGGUAUUUGGGAGUAGAGAACGAAAUUCAUACCCAUAUUCGGGACCACGGACCCCCUGUGGUCCCUUACUGUGGACCCGAAUAUGGUCCCGAAUAUGGGACCAUCACCAUGGGGGCCUUCCCACUCCCAGAACCCCCAUGAGAAUAUCAGACUCAAAUAAAGUCUUUUAAGAAUGGAGCACGUCUAAGAUCCAAACUUAAAUAGCCUGAAUUCAUAGACCAAUAAAGAUCAUAUGAGAUUCAGAUAAAGGAUAUGCAGAUAUUGUUAUACCGUUAGUUAGAGAAAAGAUUUGUGCCUAUUUAAAAAAGUUUCGUCAAAACAAGUUACGUGCGGUAGAGCCGAAUUUGUAUACAAUCCACCAUUGAUCGCAUUUGUCAAGUUUUUUUUAUAGGAAGAAACUUAAAGGGAUCCAACAACAAACUCCAUGGAUUUUUAUACCCACAUAGGAAAGAAGGUAUAUUCAUUUAGUCAUUCCGUUUGCAACACAUCGAAGUACCAUUUCGUACCCUACAACAUAUAUUUAUAUUCUGGAUCUUUCAAAAAUUCUUCUUCAAAAAUUUAGAUAUUGAGCUUACGUUUGGCACAGAUUAGUGUUUUGUCUAUACACAGGUUAAGUUCUUGAAAGUUCAAAAUCGGAUCAUAUCUGGGUAAAGCUGCCAUAUAGACCGAUCUCCCAAUUUAGGUUUUUAAACCCAUAAAAGUCCCAUUUGUAAGCCGAUUUCGCUGAAAUUCAGAACAGAGAGUAACACUAGGCCUCUCGUUGUCCGAUCUGAACAUCGGACCAUAUUUAGAUAUAGCUGUCUUAUAGUACUAUCUGCCGAAUUAGGGUUUUAAGCCCCAUUUGUUAUCCGAUUUCGCUGAAAUUUGAAACAGUUAGUUGCACUAGGCCUCUCAUUGUGCGAACGGAACACAGUCCAGAUCGGACCAAAUUUGGAUAUAGCUGUUAUAUACACCCAUCUACCGAUUUCGGGUCUUAAGCCCAUAAAAAGCCGUAUUUUCCUAUUUCGCUGAAAUUUCAAGCAGUGAGUUGGACUUAAUUUGCCGUUGUCCGAACCAAAUUUGGUCCAGAUCGCACCACACUUUGAUAUUAAUUUGGAACAUGGCGUUGCGCUAGGCCACCCGAUAUCCGAACCAUACCCGAUAUCCAUAUCAGGCCAUAUAUGAAUGUAGCUGCCAUAUGGACCGAUCUGUAGACCUGGGAUCUUAAGCCAUAAAAUCCUCAUUUCUUACCUGAUUUCCUUGAAGUGUUAAACUGUGACAUAUAUGAACUUUUCGGUACCUAAAUUGAAUAUGAUCGAAUUCGGUUCAUACUUGGACAAUAAUAUAUAUAGAUAUACUAGGUGUAUAAUAAAAUAGAAUAAUAAAUAUUUACAUGGUUGUUGUGGUAGCAGUGUGUUGUAUACUGCGCCCCUUAGCCGAUGAAGGACUUCAUCUUUUGAAUGUUAGCUCGUAUACCAUUUUUUUUUAAUUUUAAUAUGUCAAGUUAAUUUGACAUCUUUUUUCUCUUUAAAACUCCAUAGCCUAUUGAAGGAGGUCCGCCUGAGACUCUGAACACCUGGGUUCGAGACCUGGCGAGAACAUCAAAAAAAAUUGUUGAGCGAUUGUUUUCCAAUGCUGGCGAAAUUUAUGAAGUAAUAUGCCAUACCAUAGAAGCCACAUAAAAAAAAAACAUCAACGCUAUCUUUGCAUUAUCCUGCAGUGCUUUUCAAAAGUCAUAUGCUGCAUGAUGGUCUUAUAAGGUUUUUCUACUUUCGCCAAGGCUUGUGGGGCUCUUUUUUAAUUCCCUGAUUAUUUUAGUUUUUUGCCAUCUCCAUUUUUUAGCAACCAGGCGCACACAGAGCUUAUCCAUAUGGAUUCCACCAUCCAGUUUGGGGGUGCUGGUACGGCCUUUCAGAUAUUUCGCCCCAAUUCGGAUAUCAUAUUGGUGCUCUACUCCCAAAUUUUUUUCAUUUGAGCCUUAUAUUGCUGUAGUCAAAAACCUUUCAUUUGAGCAUAAUAAUGUUUCAAUUUCCAUUUGGUUGGCUUUGAAGGUGGGGCGGCCGCCCUAGACAUCCCACCUUAAGUAAGUAUACCAAAUUUCUGCUUUUGAGUUCUUAUAAACAAACUGAAUGCCGUGUAAAUCGCCCUACCAAUCUCCGAGAUCUGGCGUUUUUGCAAAAAAAGGUAAGGAGAGGGUCAACCCAUUAAAGUUUGGAUGUAAGAACUGGGGGCCACCCACGCACUUAGCCCCGAAAAUAUAUCAGCAUCGUGCUCUAUUGUUAAAUUCCUAUUGUUUGAGCCGCACUUGCAAUUGGUUUAGAGGAGUUUAUGGUCUCAAAAUUGGAUAUCAAAUUCGUUUUCUACUUUUAAAUGCCUAUUAUUUUAGCCCCUUAUUGUCAUAGUAGCCAAACAUGGCCUGUUUGGAGGCAGUUUAGGGGCAGACCCUGAUUCAAAAUAAAAAUCAUAUUUCAAAGCUACCGCUUGGGAUACCACGUUUUUAAAGGUCCUCUUAUGUCUAUCCCAAUUUGAGAGUAAAAAGUAUACCCUCCUACCAAAGACCUUUUUUUGCUGUGCUAUUCUAUCCUGAUCAGCCUUCAUUUAUUAUUAUACCCUCUACCAUUGGAUGUCUGUCCGUCCGUCUGUCUGUCCGUCCGUCUGUCUGUCCGUCCGUCGAAGGAGUAAAGCUAGCCGCUUAAAAUUUUGCACAAAUUCUUCUUGUUAGUGUAGGUCGGUUGGGAUUUUAAAUGGGCCAUAUCGGUCCACGUUUUGAUAUAGCUGUCAUAUAAACCGAUCUUGGAUCUUGACUUCUUGAGCCACUAGAGGGCGCAAUUCUUAUCCGAUUUGCCUGAAAUUUUGCAUGACGUGUUUUGUUAUGAAUUCCAACAACUGUGCUCAAUAUGGUUUAAAUCGGUCCAUAACCUGAUAUAGCUCCCAUAUAAACCGAUCUGGGGUCUUGUCUUCAUGAGCUUCUAGAGGGCGCAAUUUCUAUCCGAUAUCGCUGAAAUUUUGUGCGACGGAUCCUCUCAUGACCAUCAACAUACGUGUUUAUUAUUUUGCACGACGUGUUUUGUUAUGAAUUCCAACAACUGUGCUAAAUAUGGUUUAAAUCGGUCCAUAACCUGAUAUAGCUCCCAUAUAAACCGAUCUGGGGUCUUGUCUUCUUGAGCUUCUGGAGGGCGCAAUUUCUAUCGGAUAUCGCUGAAAUUUUGUAAGACGGGUCCUCUCAUGACCAUCAACAUACGUGUUUAUUAUUUUGCACGACAUGUUUUGCAAUGACUUCCAAUAAGUGUGCUAAGUAAGAUUCAAAUCGGUCCAUAACCUGAUAUAGCUGCCAUAUAAACCGAUCAUGGAUCUUGACUUCUUGAGCCACUAGAGGGCGCAAUUCUUAUCCGAUUUGCCUGAAAUUUUGCAUAACGUGUUUUGUCAUGACUUUCAACAACUGUGCUAAAUAUGGUUUAAAUCGGUCCAUAACCUGAUAUAGCUGUCAUAUGAACCGAUCUGGCGUUUUGUCUUCUUGAGCUCCUAGAGGGCGCAAUUUCUAUCCGAUUUGGCUGAAAUUUUGUACGACGGAUCCUCUCAUGACCAUCAACAUAGGUGUUUAUUAUUUUGCACGUCGUGUUUUUUGCAAUGACUUCCAACAAGUGUGCUAAGUAAGGUUUAAAUCGGUCCAUAACCUGAUAUAGCUGCCAUAUAAACCGAUCUUGAGUAUUGAGUUCUUGAGCCACUAGAGCGCGCAAUUCUUAUCCGAUUUGGCUGAAAUUUUGCAUAACGUGUUUUGUCAUGAUUUUCAACAAGUAUGCUAAGUAUGGUUCAAAUCGGUCCAUAACCUGAUAUAGCUGCCAUAUAAACUGAUCUGGGAUCUUGACUUCUUGAGCCUCUAGAAAUCGCAAUUAUAAUCCGAUUUGUCUGAAAUAUGUGUUUAUUAUGGUCUGAAUCGGUCUAUAACCUGAUACAGCUCCUCUAUAAACCGAUGUCUUUAUUUUACUUCUUGAGCCCCCAAAGGGUGCAAUUCUUAUUCGAAUUUGCUGAAAUUUUACACAGGUCUCCAACAUAUAACAUUAUUAUGGUCCGAAUCGGAUCAUCACUUGAUAUCGCUCUAAUAGCAGAACAAAUCGUUUCUUUUAUCCUAAGAAGAGAUGCCGGGAUCAGAACUCGACAAAUGCGAUCCAUGGUGGAGGGUAUAUAAGAUUCGGUCCGGCAGAACAUAGCACGCUUUUACUUGUUUUCAAUUCCUUUUUUCUGGGUAGGAUGGAAGGGCAAUUGAACCUCUGACACGUCCUUCCAUUUGUAAACAAUAUAUUCUCCGUCGUCCUACAUGACACUUUGGUGUUGUUGUUAUUAGUAGGAAAGGAUCGGUGUCCUCGACGCUAAGACCCAAAAGGCGAUCUACAUGUCCGGCUGAAAGGCAGGACGUGACCCGGAUACUUGAAUUUUCUUUUAUCAACAUUAGAUUCGAACUCUAAUGUCAUAGACCAUAAAGGAUAUCAAAAAUAAGGAUGAGCCUGACCUCAUUGGUUAUCUUUCAAAAUUUUAUUAAAUAUUUUAAAAGUUAUUUUUAUAGAGGAAAAGGUCAUACAAUUUAGAAAUUUCUUUUUCGAACAGACUCAAAGAUACAUAAAUUCUACCUCGACAUUGAAAAAUAAUUAAAAAUAAAAUAUUAUUCAAUAAAAAAAGAAUACAAUUUUGAUUCGUUUGCUUCAAGCAGAAAAGGUACAUAUUAUAAAUACAAACAUACAUUAUAUUUUGUUAAAACUUCAAGUCACAUUGUUAUAUUGUUUAUUUAAUUUGUUAGAAAAAAGUGCCAAUAUACAUUAUGCAUACAAGCAUAAUACAUUUAUUAUAUAUAUUUUAACACCGGUGUUCACAAAAUCUCAUGUUGAUUUAAAAUAGGUUUAUUUGACUGAUUUCCUUCUCAGAACUGACAAAUUAACCUGUUUGAAGGUUUCAUUAAGUUUUGUGAAUACGACCCUAAAACAGUAGUCUUUGUUUCGUUUUUCUUUUUUGUUCUUUUCCAAAAGAUAUAUAAGUUUAGAAUGGCUUUAUUAAGAAUUUUUGUUUUGUUCGUUAACAUGUUUUCUUUGGGAAAAGAAUUUGCUGAAUAGUUAUAUACUAAAUAGAACUUACAAAUAAAAUAAAUAUACUAUAUACAUAUAUAUUUUUGUGAAUGUAUUAAGGAAAAAAAUAACGAAAAAUAUGAAACAUAUGUGCAGCUUUAAUCUAUUACAAAAUAUAUACAUAAUUAGUAAUUAGACUUUUUAAGAAUUGAGUAGAUUAUAAAUAUAUGUAUAUGAACGCAUGCAUAUACAUAAACACCGAAACACACACACACACACACACAAAUAUAUACACAAAAUAAUUGAAAACAGAACACAUAAUAGGUAUAUAUUUUAAAAGAAAACUUAAAACUAAAGAACGAAAGAGAGCAUAUAAAAAAACUCUGCAACUAAUUUCCAAAAUAAAAUAUAUAUUCAACUACUAUUUUAUUGUACAACAACCUACUUACAAUGAAAGUGGUAUAUAUGUAUGUGUGUAUUUAUAAAUGCUUACUAUGAUAUAUUGAUGAUGUAUUACUAUUGUAUUGUAUAAUAUAUAAAUAUAUAUAUUUUUAUGAAAAUGAAACGAAACUAUAAACAACAUUACAUUGAAUUUUUACACAAUGAAUUUUUUGGGCAAAAAAUGAUAAAAGUUUGGUUUACAGAAUAGAAAACAGUUUUUCGUCCCUACAAAGUGUAAAAUGAAUUUGCUCAACUGCCAAGUUAACGAAGAAAAUUCAGCGAGGAUACUUCUCUUGAUGCGCACUUUCAUUUUUAAAGUCUAUUAAAGGCAAGCCCUUCAGCACAAAUUACAACCUAUUACAAAAACUUGUCUGAUUCUUGUAAGAAGUUCCCUUCGUUUAAUGCUAUGGGUGUUCGUUGGAUGGGUGAAAUCAUUAUCCAGAUGCUGUUGAGCGAUCUUGAUACCAAAUCCUUAAGAAUACUACUAAAAAGUGGUAACCCUUAAAAUAUCCCUGACCAUUGCCAAUUAUCUUGUAAACCCAGCAAAACUUUUAACACUGGGCUGUUAUUGGAAAAAACUUGAAUUUUUUGUUCAGCAACAUCAGUGAAUCAAUAAAUAUCCUAUAUUUUAUACUCUACACCAUUACUGUGGUAUAGGGUAUUAUAAUUAAGUGGAAUUGUUGUAGCAUCCAGAAGGAAGAGAGAUAGACCCUUUGAUAAGCAUACGGAGCAACUAAAAAUCAUUUUUUGAUUCUAGAUUUGUCUGUCUAUUUGUAUUUCCCGUUAAUUUGCUUAACCCUAGUACUGACUUUAUUCGCAGAGAAAAUAUGUAACGUAAACCAUAGUAGUAACAACACCUCACCAGACCUACGUUGUGAUCUUGAGCGUUUUGAACAAAUCGAUAUUGUUAGCGCUGUAGAGCGAUAUCGUUAGCGCUGAUGGUAUUGACCCGAGAUUUUUUAGGGUAAUUCUAUCCUUUAUUCUUCCGUAUAUGUGCCAUCUUUUUAACAAUAUUAUUUUAAGGAGUUGCUAUCCACAGUCUUGGAAACGGGCAAGGAUAGUCCCAAUAACAAAGUAUGACCAGGAAUGUAGGCCAAUAACAAUACUUCCAUACGUCUCUAAGAUAUUUGAGACUCUAGUCGAACGGAAAAUAUCAGUAUAUAUUGCGAAUAAUUCGCUGCGAACAGAUUUUAAAUUUCCGACCAAAGCACAGUUGCACUACUACACUUUUGAAAGUAGUUGAAUAUGUAAGAAGUGAUAUUGAUAGUGAGUUACCUUUCUUGUUCUUUUAGAUCAUUCGAAGGCAUUUGAUUCCGUUGAUCCCAAUAUACUUUGCCUAAAACUGAAACAUUUAUUUAAAUUUCCUGAAAGAACAACGGAUCUUAUAUAUUCCUAUCUUACGAAUAGAAGCCAAUCGGUAUGUGUUAAUAGCCGCUGUUCUAGUUAUUUUCCAGUCUCAAGAGGUGUUCCACAGGGGUCUGUAUUGGGCCCACUCCUUUUUUCCUUAUAUAGCAAUGACCUUCCUGGACAGUGGCGCAACUGUGGUAUUCAUAUGUAUGCCGACGACGUACAGCUGUAUAUGAGCUCCUCGCCGGGGAGGUUGAUCGAUGGCGUACUUCGACUAAAUAAUGACUUGGAUAGGAUAAACACAUGGGCAAACGCCAACGGACUACUUUUAAAUCCAAUAAAGUCAAAGUGCCUUGUAAUUGGUAGGAAUCGGGUGACAAUGCCGCCCAAUCUUGAUGUGGCAAUUGCUGGAGCCCCAAUUGAGAUUGUUUCAUCUGCAAGAAACCUUGGUUUGGAGUUUGAUGAUAGACUUUCAUGGAAGAAUCAUGUCAGUAUGACAGUGGGCAGGACCUACGGCGUUUUACGAAACUUAUAUAUGAGUCGACAGUAUACCCCUUUGUCAAUAACAAUGCUUUUGGCUAGGACAUUUAUUCUGCCGAAACUAUUAUACUCUUGCGAGGUUUUUUACGGUUGUGAUGUAACUCAUAGGAAUAAAUUGCACGUGGUCUUUAACGAUGUCGUUAGAUACAUUUUUGGUUUGCGUAGAAGAGACCGGGUAUCUGACUUUGCCAGACAAGUAUAUGGUGUCUCUUUUAACUCGUUCCUUAAGAUACGCUUGUUGCAAAUGAUCCACAAGAUAAUUUAUACCAAUGAAUGAAGAGGUAAACAAGUAAUACAAAUACGUUAAUUUGUUAAUGCUAUACGUCUCUGGAAUAAACUUCCCAAUAGUAUUCAAAUUAUAAGUAAUGAACGACAGUUCAAAUCUUUGAUUUAUAAUCAUUUUAAUUAAUUAUUGGUUUUGUUUUUUUAUAACUGUUUAUUAUUUAUUUUAUCAGUAACUUUGAUUAAAUUGUUAAUUUUUUUUUUCUUUAAGGUUUCUUUUUCUUCUUUUUUAUUUUUUUUAACCUUUUUUUGUAUAUUGUAUCAGUAACUUUGCUUAAAUUGUUAAUUUUUUUUUUCCAAUUAUUGUUCUCUUGAAAUGAAAACUUGUUGACAUUGUCUUUUGUAUGGAUUUUAUCAUAAUAAAAUACAAAUACAAAAGCCCAAUAGGUUAGGUUUAAGUGGCAGUCUGCCAUCCAACUCACUUAGACGUUUUCGUCCAUUGUGAUACCACAGGAACAGAAGAAGGAAGAUGUCUUCUAGUUCCUACCGUUGAACCAUCCAGAUCGCUUUAAAAACCCCAAUAACUCAUUUUUUACUGCUAGUAUGGGACACACACACAUAAGAUGUUCUCUAGUCUCUUCUUCUUCGAUGUCCCUACAGCUUCUGCAAAAGUCGUUGCUGGCAACCUUCAGUCUGUCAGCAUGUUUUCCGAUUAGACAGUGACCUGCCAUGACGGACACAAUGACUGAGACGUCUGCCAAUGAUAGCAAAGCGGUAGACCUCUUCAAGUCUAGAUUAGGCCACCUAGUUUUGGAAUGCUCACAGACCCCUCUUUGUGACCAUCUAUCGUUCGGGCCUGAUCCUGAAAUUUUAGCUUACAUGUCGCUAGAGGCAUACCCAUAGAUUCCAGUAUCCCUGGAAUGAGUAGGGUAGUUCCUUGUCUCGCAAGCUCAUCCGCUUUACAAUUCCCUGGGAUAUCUCUGUGGCCCGGCACUCAGAACAGGUGAAUUUUGAACUGAUCAGCCAUCUCGCUGAGAGAUCUGCAGCGGUUUUUGUGUUCAGAAAUACGUUCUCCAAGGAUUUAAUGGCUGCCUGGCUGUCUGAGAAGAUAUUUAUACCAAUCGUCGUAAUGAUAUUAUAUCUUAGCCAUCUCACACUUCCCUAAUUGCAAGAUCUCUGCUUGAUACACACUGCAGUGGUCGGGUAACCUUUUCGAUAUGACUAGUUCUCGAUCUUUAGAGUACACACCAAAGCUCACCUGGUCGUUUAGUUUGGAACCAUCCGUAUACAAGUCUAUGUAACUUCCGUUACCAGGGAUAUCGUAGGUCCAAUCGGUUCUAUCAGGAACAGUGGUACAGUAAUUUUUAUCAAAAAGCGGCUCAGGUAGGGUGUAAUCAACACUGCCUGGAACAUCGGAUAUUGUAUCAAGGAUAACACAGUGUCCGUAGCCGCCAUAUGACCUCACGGCAGUGGUCGCCGCAUUUUGGGUAGCCACAAUGUCCAGAGGCAUAAGAUGAAGCAUUAAAUUCAGUGCAUCAAAAAUGCCCAUUAAAUUAUUGCGAAAUCCGACGGACUCUAAUCUUUGUCUUAAUAGAAACAAAACAUAAAUAACGACAACAUGAUAUAGGAAAUGCUCAAGCGUCUCACCAUCUUCUUCACAUGCCAUCAUUUGCCGCACCGAUUUUGCAUAAGUUAGCUUGUAGUCCUAUGUGUCCCGUUAUGAUACCAAAAUCAGUAUUGACCUCCUUCUUAUUUCCUUUCAGUAAUAGCCUUGUCCUCUCACGAUCCGGAUCACCCCAUAGGAUUUUCGCCGUCCUACCGACUGUUACGCGUUUUAAUGGGCGUUUGUCGCCCACCCCAUUAAAUCGGACUGCGUCGACCCUUAAGGCUUUGGGUUAACAAAGUUUACCGACAGCAGUUCUCUGGCCUUCACUGCCAAAUCGUCUGCCCUUUUAUUCCCCUUACUCCGUUAUGGCCCGGCAUCCAAACGAUGGGUAUUUUUCCAUUCCCAGAGAAGGCGUUAAUCUCCUUCUUCCACUGCGAGAUUGUACGUGACCUUACCGUCCUAGUUGUUAUUGCCCUCAUGGCCAUUUUACUGUCCGUAAAGUUGUUUACACUCCAGGUCCUCGCGUUAGUACCACACCUCCUCAUGCAUUCCAUAUUAUGGUCAGGCAACCUAAAACAGAUCUCAGUUCCUGGGUUCUCAAUGUAGACCCCCAAUCCCACUCUGUCUCCUAGCUUUGAUCCAUCCGUGUAACAUGAUCUUCCAGACGGCAAUACUAGGGUUCCGUCUAUCCAAGACAGUGCUGCUGGGAGCAGUGCCCUGUACUCGACCUCCAGUGUCGUCUCAGGUAUCCGAUCGGAAAUCUCUUCCCUUCUUUCCGGGUUUCCUAUCGUCGCCACGAUUAUACCGCGAUGGUAAGAGCUGCUCCCAUUCUCAAUCCAUUCUCCCAUCGCCUUAAGUCUCAUAGCCGCAGUGGCUGCCUCACAUUUAAUCUGUUUUUCAAAAGGUCGGAUAUCUAGAAUAGUUUCCAGUGCCUAGUGGACGUGGUCGUCAUAGCUCUGCCUAUGCCAAGACAAUAUGUUCUCUGAACUUGUUAUAUGGUCCUAACGUUGCAUUUUUUUUCCAUUGUAGUGCACCAAACUACUGAGGCUUAAGUUAGUAUCCUCCAUAUGUUAACACUUGGAGCAAAUCUAGAUUUGCGACAAGAUUUCGGAAAUCUCGUGUUUUGCAACGAGGUUUCCCAUACAUUUUCAGUGUAAGAAAAUCUACUUAUUUGAGAAGAUUUGCAGCAAAUCUCCUUCGAAAUUCAAAUGCAACACUGCGUUGGCAUUGAAUACUGGUCAUUAAUAGCACUUUUGCAAUAAAAUUUUUAUGACUAAAUCCAAAAAAAAUCCUGUCUGUUAACACUGCGUUUUUUGGGGAUUUAAGUGACAUACACAAGCGUACAUGUGUAUACAUGAAUGUGCAUAUCACACACAUCCAUACACAAUUCUUCAAAACAGUUGCAUAUUUUGGUACUUUUAUCGAUCAUUCAUCCAUGAAAUCGGGUUUAUUUGGCAUUUAAAAAUAAAUCCUUCAAAAAUAGGAUUUAUUUUUGUGUGGUAAAACCCAUCAAAAACAGGAUUUAGCACUUAAAUCUCGAAAUGACUUUAAAUCCGGAUUUCGUGGUCAAUAUAAACAUACUUAAAGGGUUAUUUUUGGCAGCAUUUUUUCUCAACAUCUGACAAUUUUUUAUUGAAAUUAUUAAAUGUUGUAGUCAAAUUUAAUAACAUCUCUUCACCAAUCUAAAAAUACUGAUCACAAUAAAAAUGCUGUCAAAAACAUCCCUGCUCACAAAUACAAAUCACUUGAAUCGGAGUGUUAAAACCCAUUUACACUGCUCAUUAAAUCCGGAUUUAAGGCUCUCGUCAGCAGAUUUUAUAAAGGGAAAAUAGAUGAUCGAUCCAUUAAAUCCGGAUUUAAAGGGCGGUGUAAACGAGGUUUAAAUAGGCUUUGGAGAUUUCUCAAAUCAAGUGGAUUUGGGUCUAGUGUAAACGUGGGCUCUGGUGUAAAUGUUAAAGACAACAACAACGAUGUAAUAGAAAAACUGGUUUCGAUGUCCACCAGCAUUGUGGUGGAAAUGAGCCAAUCAAAUUGAUUCUAGCAAGACACUAGCUCAGUCAAAAAUAGCUUGAAGGUCACUAGAUGAAGGAAUUGACACGAGGAGAUGUUGUACAGCAGGCAGUACUUGUCAGUUUGUUGUGGUAUACUUAGAUUGCAUAGGAAAUCUCAAACAAAACAAAACAACAACAAGAUACUGAGUGCACUAUCUGUCAAAAUCAGUGUUAAGUACCAUUCUGAUUUUGUGUAUGUUACUAUUUCGCGCCAUUUUUCGUUGUUGGUGUGUGUGUUCGUUCCUAACUAUAAUACACACACACAACCAAAACCCGUUGACAGAUACUGUGCGUCGCGAGAAAAAAAUUGUCUGGUAUGUGAGCUCAGAACAGAGCUCACAUACCAGACCAGAGAUAAGCAGACUGGGAACUGUGGGCCGGCAGUGAACACGAUGGCACUGAAGAUGUGGCUCUAACCAAGCACCCGAAACGUCCGCCAAUGGUGUGUUUGUCUGUGUCCGUUUCACCUGUCAGCUUGGCAACUUUUUUUUUGGUUAUCAAGAAAAAUCCUUUCUUUCUUGUGAUAUUAAUUCUCAUGGUCAACAGUCCUUAUAUCUCCCCUUUGGGAGAUUACUGAAUAAACAUAUGUAUAUGAAAUCUAUGACCAAGCCAUAAUGGGCAACCAUAACAAAAAACGAUUACUGUUAACUAGGAAUUAGACAAAGACAAUAGAUUUCCUAUAGAUUAAUUCUCUCUCACUCUCAAAAAAAUGGCAACCACGAACAACGAUUAGAAAUGUAAAAUGUUGUUAAAUUUCAAAGAAAUCGGUUCAGACUUAGAUAUAGUUCCCAUAAAUAUGUAUCUCCUGAUUUUUACUUUAAGAGCCUUUGUCAGCGUAUUAACAUAUAACUCCUCGAAAUAUUCGUCUAAGACCCCAUAAAGUAUAUAUAUUCUUGAUCGUCAUCACAUUUUAAGUCGAACUAGCCAUGUCCGUCCAUCUGUCGUCUGCACUCUAAGUUCGAAGGAGUAAAACUAGACGCUUAAAAUUUUGUUCAAAUACUUCUUAUUAGUGUAGGUCGGUUGGGAUUGUAAAUGGGCUAUAUCGGUCCACGUUUUGAUAUAGCUGCCAUAUAAACCGAUCUGGGAUCUUGACUUCUUGAGCCGCUAGAGGGCACAAUUCUUAUCCGAUUUGGAUGAAAAUUUGCAUGCGGUGUUUUGGUGCCAACAACAACUGUGCUGAGUAUGGUUGACAUCGGUCCAUAACCUGAUAUAGCUGCCAUAUAAACCUAUCUGGGGUCUUGACUUCUUGAGCGUGUAGAGUGCACAAUUCCUAUCCGAUUUGGCUGAAAUUUUGCACGACAUGUUUUGUUAUGACUUCCAACAACUGUGUUAAGAAUAGUUCAAAUCGGUCCAUAACCUGAUAUAGCUGCCAUAUAAACCGAUCUGGGGUCUUGACAUCUUGAGCCACUAGAGGACGCAAUUAUUAUCCAAUUUGGAUGAAAUUUUGCAUGAGGUGUUUUGUUGUGACUUUCAACAACUGUGCUAACAAUAGUUCAAAUUGGUCCAUAACCUGAUAUAGCUGCCAUAUAAACCUAUCUGGGGUCUAGACUUCUUGAGCCUCUACAGGUAGCAAUUCCUAUCCGAUUUGGCUAAGAUAUUGCAAGACGUGUUUUGUUAUGACUUCCAACAACUAUAUUAAGAGAGGUUCAAAUCGGUCCAUAACCUGAUAUAGCCGCCAUAUAAACCGAUCUGGGGUCUUGAUUUCUUGAGCCACUAGAGGGCGCAAUUAUUAUCCGAUGUAGCUGAAAUUUUGCAUGAGGUGGUUUGUUAUAACUUUCAACAACUGUUCCAAGAAUAGUUCAAAUCGGUCCAGGACUUAUAUAGCUGCCAUAUGGGAUCUUGACUUCUUAAGCUUCUAAAGGGCGCAAGUAUUAUCCGAUUUGGCUGAAAUUUUGCACAACGGCUUCUCUCAUGAUCUUUAACAUACGUGUCGAAUAUCUCAUGAAUCGGUUUAUAGCCUAAUACAGCUUGCCUAUAAACCCUAUAUUACUUCUUCAGCCCCUAAAGUUCGCAAUUCUUCCUAGAUUUGGCUGAAAUUCUACACAAUGACUUCUACCAUGGUCUCCAAUAUUCAGUUCAAUUAUGGUCCGAAAUAAACCAUAACUUGAUAUUGUUCCAAUAACAUAGCAAUUCUUUUCUUUUAUCCUUUGUUGGCCUAGAAAGAGAUACCGUGGCAAGAGCUCGACAAAUUCGAUCCAUGGUGGAGGGUAUAUAAGAUUCGGCCCGGCCGAACUUAGCACACUUUUACUUUUUUUAAUGUUAAAAAAUUCCCUCUGUUUGUGUGUUGUUGAAAAAUUCCGUAAAAAUUUAUUUCAAUAGGAAAAGUAAAGAAAAUUUGUUAAAUUUUGAAUUGAAAUAGAUUGGAACUAUUUGAAUUUCUGUAAACCAAAUCUUUUCAUUUAUGUAGUCACAAGCUAUAACUCAAAGCAGAAAUAAGUACUAUAACAACAUGCCUAUAAGCUAGGCAUGUUGUUAUGGCAUAUGAUUACACUUUUGCUAAAAAAAAAAACAAAUUAGAAAAUAUAUAUACAAAAAAGGAUAAUGCCGCAUAUAUACAUACAUAUAUUUAUGUAUAUUUAAAACUAUUUACAAAUAGCAAAAUAAAACAAAAGGUAUUUCAUAUUUAUUCACAUAAAAAAGAAGAAGAAAACAAGAAAGCAAGCAUACGUUAUAUUACGUACGAACAUAUUUUUUCACCGAAAAAUUAUUUGGCAACGAAAUCUUUACGAAAUUAUAAAACCCGCCCUCCAUUUAUUGCAAAUAAAAUAGAAUGCAACAUUUGAUGUACCUAAAUAGCCAUAUUAGAUCAAUACAAAAAAAAAAAACAAAUAUUACCAACACAUUUUCGAAUAUUAAGUAUUUUAAAUUUAAUUAGGACUUUUCUCGAGAGAGAUGUAUGCGUGUCACAAAGAUAAAAACAUGAAUGCUCAAAAGUUAAUGAUUUUAAUAAAAAAAAAAAUAUUUUAUUGAUUGAUCAAUGGAAUUGUAAUUUUGUUUUGUAAAAUAUUUUGUUAUAAAAUGUGUUCAAAUUAAAAAAACACGCAAUGUUUUAUAAUUCAUUAUUCAAAUAUUUCAAUCUUGCUGCCAGUUUUUAGUUGACCUAAACCACAGCUGGGGAGUCGAAGACUUGGGAGCCAGAGACAUACAAUUUGCCCGAAGUCGAUGUAAUUUAGUUUAAGGUCCAGUAUGCACCUCAAUCGAAAUUUUCAGUAGGAAACACAUGGUGACAAAAAAUUAUUCGUUUGUCUAUUUGCCACACAAAUAAAUCCAUUGUGGCGCAAAAAAUUAUCAAAGCAAUAGUUUUCUUGCAAUGAAAUCAAAAACAAUAUCCAAUGCUUUCAAUGACACAUUGUAACACAAAUCAAAACGAAAAUUUCGCUAAGGAUAUGUCAAUGCAUUUCUUAGAACAAAAAUUUCGUUUGAAGAGCAUACCGCCCUUAACCUCGGAAAAAUAAAAAAUUAAAAUGAUUAGUUUGUUCAAAUUUAUUUCUGGAGUUUUGUCUAAUAAUUGAAAAUAUAUUAAAUAUGUAAAAAGAAUGCUAAUAUUAUUUUCAAGUUUUUUACCUGUUAGCGAAGAUCAUUCAGCCUUCUAACCAAAGACGAAACGCUUUCCAUCUCUGGCUUUCCGUUUCCAUUUGCACAGAAAAUUCCCGAUCAUUGAACUCGUCUCGAAAGAGAAACAAACAAAAAUGCUAAGUUUAUUUUGAAUUGACAAUUGUGCAUGGACAGGUCCAUUGCCCAAAUGUCGGUUGCUUUCUCGGAAUGCCUGCUGCUCCCAAUUUUUUUUUAAUUUUUUGCCUUUUUUUGUACGUUUGGGACUGCUCUUUGCUGCCAUACUUACCUUACAAACUGAACUUUAUUUAUGGUUAUUUUUAAUACUGGUACGCUAAACCGAAUCAUAAAAUAUUUAAAAAUUGUCACUUUUUUGUGGGUUUUCUUUGAUGUUCUCCUGUAGGUGAGCAAGCUCGUUCCGGUCCAAAGGGCAAAUCGUUGCGGGAACAUGGCCAUUGGUAAUUUCAAGGCGCCAAUAACUCGCCUUGUUAUAUCGUGCAUCUAGGCACUCAGUAUUUACGCAAGAGCCGGUGUCGCCGAAUCUCUCACUGAGACUCUUCACUCGAUACCGCUGAAUGUGUGCGAUGGCCAAAUGACUGUCUAAAGCUACAUAAACGCGAAGUUUAAAAAAUGCAUUUUAACGGUAGAUUUUGCAACAAUCAUAAACCCACCAAGAUUUUUCCUAACGAAUGAUAGUCAACUUUAAGAUGCCUGCUCUGGCGAGUGCAGUGAAAUUUAUUCCAGCUGAUUAGCCCAAAAGGCAAGAGAAGACAACUAUGGCAUAAGGACACACCAAACCACACCACACACCAAGUUCUUCUAGCGAUUCUCGUUGGCAUUAUUCUAUCUGGCCGUAGAGGUGUUAGCCUGGCAAACACGAUUCCGAAUGGGAAUAUGUGUGGCCACCAGCUUGUCCUUGUCUAUUAAAUCCUGAACCUGUUCACACGGUCAUUGGUUAGCGGUUUACAAA